CACCAUCACAAAAUCAUUAUCGCACAAAAACAUCGCAACCCAGACAGGGUUCAUGAUCAUUCAGCAUCUUUUUUACGGCUCAUAUGAACAAAAACCCAAGCACGGAUAAGCCCGCUUCGGGGGGUGCUGAAGCUUCGAAUGCCACGGUAGUCGCCAAUAAAGCACUACGAGAUCGAAUCAAGCAUUUUACUCCAUCAUGGUUUAGUAUAACGAUGGGGACGGGGAUCGUCUCUAUCCUCCUUCAUCAACUCCCGUACCAGUUCCCGGGUCUGCACGUCAUCUCGACCGUUAUUUAUCUCGUCAAUGUCAUUUUGUUCGUGAUUUUCUCGGUUAUAUCGAUUGCGAGGUAUACGAUAUAUCCCUAUAUCGGGGUGUUGAUGCUUAAGCACCCUGUGCAGAGUAUGAUCUUGGGGACGGUGCCGAUGGGGUUGAGUACAAUCGUGAACAUGACAGUUUUCGUUGCCGUUCAGGAUGCGGGGUUUGGAGCAUGGUCGUGGAAGCUUGCAUGGAGCUUGUGGUGGUUUGAUGCCAUAUGGUCUCUGCUCACUUGUCUGGGCGUUCCGUUCUUGAUGAUCUCCGUACACCAACAGUCACUUGAGAAAAUGACCGCAGUCGUCCUCCUCCCCAUUGUCUCCACCAUCGUCGCCGCAGCCUCCGGCGGCGUAGUCGCUCAAAUUCUCCCACGCCCUCACGCGGUAACGACCCUUGUCGCAUCGUACAUCCUAUGGGGUACCGGCAUCCCCCUCGCCCUUUCCGUGAUCGUCCUCUACCUCCACAGGCUCACAAUCUAUAAACUCCCCAGUCGAGAGGUGAUCGUGUCGACGUUCUUGCCGUUGGGUCCGUUGGGGCAGGGUGCGUUUGGGCUGAUGAAGUUGGGAAGCGUCGCGAAGGGGAUUGGCUGGCCGACACAGAGUGCAGGCGAGAUUUAUUACACGGCAGGGUUGUGGGUUGGGUUGAUUAUGUGGGGGUAUGGGUUGGUGUGGUUGGUGUUUGCGUCGGGCGCGAUUGUAGUUUCGCUGCCAAGAUUUCCGUUCAAUAUGGGGUGGUGGGGGUUUACGUUUCCGCUCGGUGUAUACACGCUUGCCACGACGACUUUAGGAAACGAGUUGGAUUUAGGGUUCUUCAGGGUGUUGGGGACGAUCUUUUCUUGCGUCGUGGUGUUGUUGUGGAUCGUUGUGACAUGGAAGACAUUGUCGGAUGGGGUCUUCGGCGGCAAGCUAUUUGUGAGUCCGUGUGUUAUGGAAGAUGAGAAGGAAAGGUUGUCAAGAAGGCAGCUGAAUGAAUGUGGAAACGGUGUGGAGCGUGUAGUUGAUGAGAUCGAGAUGACUAGGAGGGCUUGAAGUGUUUUUGUAGUUAAGCUUGAUGCAGAUAUAUUGACAUAAUCCGAUAUCCUGUCUCGGUGCAUCUGCUUUACGCAGAGAACUGAACAACCUUGUUCUCCUUCGCAGCCUCUCUGCAUGCCUCCAACACCUUCAUCGUCAACAACCCCUGCUUCGCAUCAACGGCCAACUUAGCCUUACCCACGAUAGCAUCCCCAACGUUCUUGUAAAACUCAAGAUAAGCACCCUUCUCCCCCUCAACCUUACCCACAACAUGAACACCGCCAACUUCAGUAUCAACCUCCCCAUGCUUCUCAUCCACACCAAACUCCGGCGCAGAAGCCGGAGUCAGGCCAGCCUUGAGCUGAU